AUGGCGCCCCGUGGAAAGAUUCGCUUGAGACUGACGCGAAGUGCUAAAUCAGAAAGCACCCCAAAGUCCUUUGCCGACUUGGAAGACGAGCCUAUGCCCGAUGCCUCUCCGAGUGCGCAUGCUUCGAGGCGACAGCAGGUGCCAGACCCCGAUGAUGAGAAGGACGAGGAUCACCAACCGAAGGACGAAUCAGGGGACGAAGACGAUGCAGCCGACGCCGCUGAGAAAGACGAUGAAUCCGUCAAAGAGCCCACGCCGCCACCCCAGCCUAUGGUUCGCAGAAAGCGACUGGGCCGUCCACCCAAGAACCGACCCCCAGACUGGGACAACAUGAUUUCUGUUCCCGCCGACGAAGCCAAUACACCGCGGCGUCGCGGCAGAGGUGGUUGGAGGGGACGAGGCGGUCGCAAAGGAGGUCCAGCUGCGCCAAAAGCCGAGCAGGUCAUUGACGAUGGAUCGAUUGUCGAGAUAGUAAACGACGAGUGCGUACUACCUGAGGACCCAGAAGGCGAGACCAAGGUCGACAAGUCGGGCAAUCUGCAGGGCGGGCGCGAUUAUCGCUGCCGAACAUUCACAGUCUCAGGUCGCGGAGACAGACUCUACAUGCUUUCGACAGAACCAGCGCGAUGUGUUGGUUUCAGGGACAGUUAUCUGUUCUUCACGAAGCACAAGAAACUUUACAAAAUUAUUGUUGACGACGACGAGAAGCGAGAUAUGAUUGAGCGGGAUAUCAUCCCCCAUUCCUACAAGGGCCGUUCUAUAGGUAUCGUUACCGCCCGAUCAGUUUUCCGAGAAUUUGGUGCGCGCAUAAUUGUUGGUGGAAAGCGCAUCCUCGACGACUAUAACGUCGCCUUGGCCCGCGCCGAAGGUGCCAUCGAGGGCGAGAUCGCAGAUCCGAAUGACCGCUUUAUCGAGGGAGAGCCGUACAACAAGAACCAGUACGUUGCGUGGCACGGAGCUAGCGCUGUGUACCACACCAACGUACCAUCAGUGCCAGUUCCCAAUGGCAAAAUCGAGUCUAGGAAACGCAAGGUGAACGUCAAUGACAUGAACUGGAUGCUGGAGCACGCCCGUGAGGCCAGCUCUUUCAAUGCUAGCAUCAAUGCUAUUCGAAAACUAAACAAUGCUGGCGUGUACGACAUCCACACCAAUGUCAUGCAGUACCCAGUAACAAUGCAGCCAACGCGAGCGCGCAUUGAGCAGGUCGCUCCAGAAGACGAGGAAGCUACCGCAGACAGCUCCGUGUUCCGUCCUGUCCCAGCCAAGAUGGCGCGCAAUUUCUUUGUUGCCGACACCUACUUUGAAACAUCAUCGGCAGGUGUCAUCUCAGCAUCUGGGGUGGACGGCACAGUGAGCUCGGCUGAUUUCCUUGCUUCAUUCCAGGGGCUAAGCACCGUGUCUGAUGAUAUCAAAGAUCUUCUGCCUCCAGAGUGUCGUGCCGCGUUUGACAGCGCCGUAGAGAAGGAGACAUCGUAUCGAUCACAAUGGGGCCCUGAGACUGAGAAUAUGUCGCGCCGGCAGCCUAUUAUCGACAAGGCAAUUGUACCUUACAGCAUGUCAUAA